CCCCUUUAAGACGCUUUGUAGAGUCGCAGAGAGGCCGAGUCUCCAGCUGAUCGUCAGUGAUUCUCAUUCCAGCACCAUCUCAGACAUCCACCGGAUUCGCGCCGAUCUUGGAGACAAUACGUCCCUCGGUCUAAAUAACGCGCAGAUGUCAGAGCUGGUUUUUACCGCAUCUUUGGCCGCGUCGCAUCUCGUCGCGCGACGAUGAUGCCUGGAGCUCGCGCGUCUCUGGAUGCAGCGCGUGCGCGCGUGUCCUUGAGUUGAGCUCCAGCUGCAUGGGAUAUUUCUCCAUCGCACGGCCGAUUGCAUCUCGAAACGAAAGCACAUGGCGAUAAAAUAAGAGUAAAUGUGUAUUUUCGCUCUUGUGUGCGCUGGAGAACACCGCUGGAGAACACCGCUGGAGCGCCGCCUGUAAUGGAGAAAACGAGAUGAGAAAGUGAAGGCGUGUUUGGAAGAGCAAUCUUUAUUUGUGUUGUGCAUCAUCAGUGUUACUGUGAAGAUGCCGAGGAGUUUACGCAGGCUGGUGCACCUGGUGCUCUUCUGUCCCUUAUCUAAGGGUCUACAGUCCCGUUUACCUGCAGUUAAGGUCAAGUACCUGUUGGUGGCAUGGUUUGGGAUUCUGGUGGCCAGCUGGGUGAUCUAUAUGCAGUAUUCCUCUUAUUCAGAGCUCUGCAGAGGACACGUCUGUACCAUACUCAUCUGUGAUCAUUAUCGCAGAGGUAUUAUCUCUGGGUCAGUGUGUAAGUCUCUCUGUGAGGAGAAAACUCUGUCUCUUCAACGCUGUCUUUCAACGUCACCGACGCACCAGAUAUACAGUGCUGUGUGGAAGGAGAAAGCUGUAUUGGUGAAGUGUGGGAUUGAAGAGAGCAUGAGAGGAGAAAACGGUCCUGACUCUCCACUACGGCAUGACAACAGCCUCUACGAUAAACCCACCCGCGGAACGUCAAUGGAUGAAUUCAGAGCGAUGCUGCAUUCCUUUCUCAAGGACAGUGUUGGUGAGCAAUCAUCUCUUAGCACUCUUGUAACUCGUGUGAUUUCUCUGGCGGAUGUCAACGGUGAUGGUAAAGUUUCGUUGGCAGAGGCGAAAUCUGUGUGGGCUUUGCUUCAGAUCAAUGAAUUUGUUUUAAUGGUGGCACUGCAAGAUAAAGAACAUGCUCCCCACUUGCUGGGCUUCUGCGGAGACCUUUACGUUACUGAACACGUAGCACACAGCGCCCUCUUCAGGCUGGAGGUGCCCGGUUGGUUGCAGCCAGUGUUUCCUGAGGCGCUGGGUGUCGCUCUUAACCAGUGGCUUGCUCCUGCGUGGCCACGCAGAGCCCGAAUCACCAUCGGCCUGCUAGAGUUUGUUGAAGAGGUAUUCCAUGGCGUAUACGGAAGCUUCUACAUAUGUGACGCAAGCCCAAGGCGGGUCGGCUACAAUGCAAAAUACGACUUCAAAAUGGCAGACCUUCAAAGCGUAGCAUCGGAGGCAACCGUCAAGGGGUUCCUGCGAGGGAGAACUUGCGAGGCAAAUGCCGACUGCACUUACGGGCGGGAUUGUACCGCAACAUGCGACCGAUUGGCAAGGCAGUGCAACGUGGAGGUGGUGCAGCCCAACUUGGCCAAGGUGUGUGCGCUCCUGCAAGACUUCCUGCUCUUCGGAGCGCCGUCGGACCUGAGGGAGGACCUGGAGAAACAGCUACGCACCUGUGUGACUCUCAGCGGCCUUGCCUCACAGAUGGAAGUGCACCAUUCCCUUGUUCUGAACAACCUCAAAACACUAUUGUGGAAGAAGAUCUCAAAUACCAAGUACUCUUGAGA